UCCAGCGAACAGAGGCUGAUGCAGGAUCUGCUGAGUGGCUAUGACAACAGUGUCCGGCCAGUCUACGACGCCUUGGAAGCUGUUGAUGUCCAGCUGGGUCUGACCCUGACUCAGAUUCUAGACAUUGACGAGAAAAACCAAGUUCUGACAACAAAUGUCUGGUUGGAGGCCGAGUGGUAUGACGAGCGCUUGAACUGGUCAGCUGUUGAUUAUGGUGGAGUCUACGCUAUCCGAAUUCCCUGUGAGAAGCUCUGGCUGCCUGAUAUUGUCCUCUACAACAGUGUGGAUGACUAUACUUCCGGAUACAUGCCUUCCUUGGCCAUGGUCUACAACACGAGCAGGGUCUUCUGGGGUCCUGUGAUUCGCUUCCGGUCUUCAUGCAAGAUCGACAUCACUUUCUUCCCAUUCGACACUCAAGUCUGCAAGCUGAAGCUGGGCUCAUGGGCUUACACGGGUUUAGAGGUAAGUGGCUUCUAUAUCAUUAUAUGCAUGAAUGUCACUGUAUAUGUGUGUGUGUUGGCAGGGGUGGCAGUGCACAGAAACGUCGUCUACUACAACUGUUGCAAGGAACCGUUCCCAGACGUGACCUUCACCAUUCAGCUGAGGCGCAGGACCAAGUACUACUUCAUGAACAUCAUCAUCCCCUGUAUCAUCCUCAG